AUGGACAAGUUGUCCCCUUCCAUGCGCAUAAGACUCUAUAGCUUGCCCCAACAGAUAGGACAAAAAGCCUCAAUCAUGGGCGAGGAGGAAGACGGCAACAAGGAUACCCGGAGGAAAAGCAUCAGGAUGAAACCCUUGCCUUCCCAGUUCUCUGUGGGCAGUAAGGGGAUGGAAGAGAGCAAAGCCGGGGAAUCUGUGAUCAUGGAGACCGACGUCGGGAGAUUUGUCAAGACAAGCUCCAACGGCGACUGUAGGCGAUUCAGAGGGAGUCUUUCGUCCAUCAGCAGCCGGCACCAGCACUACUCGGCGGAAGAGAAGAGGCUCAUCUCGUAUGGGGAUGUCACUCCAUGCGAGGAGACAGACCCGGCAGGUGCAAUGGGCUACUCGGCGGCGAAGCAGGGCGCUCAGGGCAGCAGCGGCAGCUCCAAGAAGCAGCAGCCUGCAGCCUCGUAUCAGCAAGCGGGCUCUGUAAAGUUGGAUGGGAUGGACCAAAUAGUUCCAGACGACGAACAAAGUUUGUACCAGGAGGGUUUCAUUCACAGGCAGUUGGGACCCAUGCUUCAGCCCGGAGUCAAUAAAUUCUCUUUAAGGAUGUUUGGGAGUCAGAAGGCGGUGGAAAGGGAGCAAGAGAGAGUAAAGUCCGCCGGCUUUUGGAUAAUUCACCCGUACAGUGACUUCAGGUUCUACUGGGAUCUGACCAUGCUUCUCCUGAUGGUGGCGAACCUGAUCAUCAUCCCGGUUGGCAUCACCUUCUUCAAAGAUGAGCACACGCCGCCCUGGAUCGUCUUCAACGUGGUCUCAGACACCUUCUUCCUCAUUGACCUGGUGCUCAACUUCCGCACCGGCAUUGUGGUGGAGGACAACACAGAGAUCAUCCUGGACCCGCAACGCAUCAAGGUGAAGUACCUGCGCAGCUGGUUCAUGGUGGAUUUCAUCUCCUCCAUUCCUGUGGAUUACAUCUUCCUCAUCGUGGAGACACGCAUUGACUCUGAUUUCUACAAGACCGCCCGGGCACUCCGCAUAGUCCGCGUCACCAAGAUACUCAGCCUGCUGCGUCUGCUGCGGCUCUCUCGGCUCAUCCGCUACAUCCACCAGUGGGAAGAGAUCUUCCACAUGACCUAUGACCUGGCGAGUGCGAUGGUGCGGAUCGUGAAUCUUAUCGGGAUGAUGCUGCUGCUGUGCCACUGGAGCGGCUGCCUGCAGUUCCUGGUUCCAAUGCUGCAGGAUUUCCCUCAGGACUCCUGGGUCUCCAAGAACAACAUGGUGAAUGGCACGUGGGGUCAGCAGUACUCCUUUGCACUCUUCAAGGCGAUGAGUCACAUGCUGUGUAUUGGCUAUGGGCAGCAGGCCCCCAGCGGCAUGACGGACGUGUGGCUCACGAUGCUCAGCAUGAUCGUGGGCGCCACCUGUUACGCCCUGUUCAUCGGCCAUGCCACAGCACUCAUCCAAUCCCUGGACUCCUCACGCCGACAGUACCAGGAGAAGUACAAACAAGUGGAGCAGUACAUGUCCUUCCACAAGUUGCCUGCUGACAUGCGGCAGAAGAUCCACGAUUACUACGAGCACCGCUACCAGGGCAAGAUGUUCGAUGAAGAUAGCAUCCUUGGAGAGCUGAGCGACCCGCUAAGAGAGGAGAUCAUCAACUUUAACUGUCGGAAGCUGGUGGCGUCGAUGCCUCUGUUUGCCAACGCAGACCCCAACUUCGUGACCUCGAUGCUGACCAAGCUGCACUUCGAGGUGUUCCAGCCUACAGACUACGUCGUGCGCGAGGGCACUGUGGGCAAGAAGAUGUACUUCAUCCAGCACGGCGUGGUCAGCGUCCUCACCCGGGGCAACAAGGAGACAAAGCUGUCUGACGGCUCGUACUUCGGGGAGAUCUGCUUGCUGACUCGGGGCCGGAGGACGGCCAGUGUCCGGGCCGACACUUACUGCCGGCUCUACUCACUCUCCGUGGAGAACUUCAACGAGGUGCUGGAGGAGUACCCCAUGAUGAGAAGAGCCUUCGAGACCGUGGCCCUGGACCGGCUCGACCGCAUCGGAAAAGAAAACUCAAUUUUGCUUCACAAGGUCCAACAUGACCUGAACUCUGGUGUCCUCAACUACCAGGAGAAAGAAAUCAUCCAGCAGAUCAUACAGCAUGACCGGAAGAUGGCUCACUACACAGACCUUCUGCAGAACCCUGCUCCUCCUGUCUCCACCCCAAUACCAGUCAUCUUGGCUCCGCUUAUCCAAGCACCCUUGCAGGCUGCUACCGCUACCACCUCAGUGGCCAUCACCCUGACAGACCACCCCCGGCUGCCAGGAGCACUGUUACACCAGCCUGUAUCUGUGCUGGGGUCCUUGGGACAGCAGCCGCCUCGGAAGUUAAAGAGGUUUCAUUCCUUGGUGUACACUACUGAACCCUCUGCAGUCAGCUAUCCCUCCAGUGCUCCAUCCCUGCUUCAGACACCAGGAGCGGACAGCUCUUUCCAGGCUUGCUUCAAGGCUCACCAACCUCCAGGGGCCUCUGCUAGCUUGAGCCAGUUUAAUCAUCCCUCAGACUCUACCAGCUUGAGCCAGCUUCAUCAUCCUUCCAUGGGUUCACCAUCCCCCCAUCCCAGCAGUGGUGCCUCUAUAUUCACAUUCAACCAGUUUCAGCAGUCCACCUCUGUAUCCCCUCACUCAAGCCUGACUGGGCUUCAUCAGCACUCCAGCAACACCCCACCUUCAGGAUUGGCGAUCUUCCAGCAGGGAGCUUCUAGUUCCCUUGCCGCCUCCAGCUCCAGAUCCUUAACCUCUAGCUCCACUGGUUCCCUGCUUGACCAGCUCCAGCCACCAUCCAGGCCUCCUCAGGUAGGAUCCCUCCAGCAAUUUGCAGGGGGAGGCAGGACUUCAGGUGGUUUGAACUUGUUCCAGACUCUUCCGUCCAGCUCACUCUCUUCCAGUCUGAGCCAGCUGACACAAGUAGGUCUGGGUUCUACUUCUUCACUGUUGCAGCAUGGCUUGCCAGGACUGCACUCGGGGUCCAUAGCUCAGCUCCAGCAGGAGAGGUCAGCCCUUUCCUCCUUAAUGCAUGGCUCUGGCACCGCCUCCCCUUGCUACACGCCGCUGGCCCCCAGCCCCACCAUGCAAAGCCCAGUAGCAGGGAGAACUUUACAGUUCAGUGGCCCAUCAAGAAUAUCUGGUUCCCACAGCUCCCUGCUCAUGACUCAGACUUCAAGCCCCUCUCAACCCAUCAGCCAACCUAGAGGCACCCAGUCUUCCCUAGUGGGACGCUUCUCCCAUGAUAUCAAGCUGAUCUCUGCCUCCCAAUCCUGUCUGCCACAGGAGAGAGUUCAGGUCAUGAGCCAGGGCUCCACACACUCCUCCAGGGAGUCCAUGUCCAGCUUUACCCCCUACUCCACACAUAGUCUCUUGGGCAAAUCCUGUAGCUCCAUCCCUCGCCAAAUGACUGUUCCCAGGCAGACAUUCUCAGGAUCCAGACCUCAGACACACAUUACCAGGGCUUCCCCGCCAAUCGCCGUUCCACCAAGGAAGGAUCCCACAGUGUUCCCAUCUGAACUGGAGCCAGCACUGUCCAAAUUACCCUCUAAUUUGUGAGGUUUAUUCAAACUCUUCUUCACCUCCCCUUAAAAA